CAUAGUCGAGCUCAGUCUGCUACCGAUAGGUGAAGAGGAAACACGUGCUCCAGUCAGGAUGAGAUUGAUCAGUGUGGUUCUAGUGCUGCUGAUAACGCAGCUUACCCGUUGGGUAUCCUGUGCAGAAUCGUCGGAGGAAUCAACUAAAGAUUAUCUGAAGGAUUUUAAGACAUGCCCAGGAGGAUACUGCGUUCAGACCUAUCUAUGCCUAAAUGGGACAAUCAACACCGACGGUGAGAACAUUUUCCAAGCAAGAAUGAGCGAUUUCGAUGACUAUGUGGUAGAUGUAUGGGUCGAUCCCGCGAACGACCCAUGUGAGGAAUUUUUAAUGCGUUGCUGCGCUUCGGAAAGCGUGUCCAAAGGGGGAGGACACGACAUCGUACCCGUAGUAACGGAAGAUCCAAUUCAACCGCCACCGCCGAGCUGCGGUACGAACCAUCCCGAUGGGUACAUCUAUCGGGUGAAAGAUAGUUCCAUUGCUCAGUUUGCAGAGUUUCCCUGGAUGGCGUCACUUUUGCAACGAAAAUCGCUUCUGGGAAAGGAAACCUUUGAAUACUUUUGUGGUGGAUCACUCAUUCAUCAACAGGUUGUUCUAACGGCGGCUCAUUGCAUGCGGGAUCAUAAUGUACUGGAUGACGUCGUGGUUCGACUGGGCGAAUGGGAUACGGUGACGGAGAACGAACCCCUAGCAUAUCAGCAAUACGGUGUGCAUAAGAUGAUCAUUCACAAGAAUUUCGUGGAUAAAAAGUUCCACAAUGAUUUGGCUCUGUUGAUCUUGGAUGAUGAAGCCGACCUAAACAAGCACAUCAACCCGAUCUGCCUACCAACUGCAGAAGACAACUUCGACGGUAACCGUUGUAUGGUUUCCGGUUGGGGCAAGGAAAACUUCAACCCCGCGGGAAAGUAUUCUGAGGUGUUGAAAAAGAUGGAGCUUCCGGUGGUCUCACGUGAACAGUGUAAGCGAAUAUUCAAGUCAACCAGGCUAGGCCCGUUCUUCCGGCUGCAUUCGAGUUUUAUGUGUGCAGGCGGCGAACCCGGAGUGGACGCCUGCAAAGGCGACGGCGGUUCUCCGUUGGCCUGCAAAAGCGGGGAUCACUUCGUUCAGGCCGGUAUCGUUGCGUGGGGACUGGGCUGUGGAGAGGAUGGAAUACCGGGAGCGUACGUCAAGGUGUCCAACUUUGUGGACUGGAUCCAGACCACGCUGCUGGAGGAAGAAAUUGAAGUUUGAUGUUCGGGGUUUAGAAGGCGCAGUUUAUAGAAUGUAGAGGAAAUAAAGCAUACUUUUGAU